CACUGUGGGCCGAUAGCUCGGCCGCCAUUUCUGCUGAAGAAGAAGAAGAAGAAACAACACUGGGAUAGCAGGACUAACAGCUAGCUAACGAUCACAAAGUAUAGCAUGUAAUGAAUGCAGAUUAAAGGUUGUUUUUUUUUUUUAUCCGUUUCUGUCAUAAAAGUCCCGAGCUGUUAAACACCUUGUCAGCUCACACCACCAAUAAAUAAAUCAAUCAAUCAAUAAAUGACUAACGUUAGCUAUGGAGAAAACAUUCAGUCAGUGGAAGAGGCAGUGUCUGGACAAGCUGGACCUGAGUAAGAAGGGCAGCGUGGAUGAGGACAUUGCACAUGUAGUGUCUCUGCUCAACAGCUGUGAGCAGUACUUCACCACCAGCUCCUGCUCCGGCAGAGUCGUCCUCAUCGACGGGGCUCCAGAGAGCAGUGAUAUUCACAAACAGAACUGUGUUUGGCUGUUUGUCUCACACCAGAAAUGCAAAUCUGAUGACUUGAUGUCCAGUCUGGCCGGCUCCAGUGGAGAUGCAGUGUUUAAGUUUGAGCCCUUUGUGCUCCAUGUCCAGUGUCGGCGGCUGGAUGAUGCUCAGCUGAUGCACUCAGUGGCCAUCAACUCAGGCUUCAGGAACUCUGGUCUCACUGUCAGCAAGACAGGAAAAAUCAUCACGGCUGUCCGUAGCACCCACGGCCUAGAGGUUCCUCUCAGCCACAAAGGAAAGCUCCUGGUUGAACAUGAGUACAUCCAUUUCCUAACUCAGAUAGCUAAUCAGAAGAUGGAGGAGAACCUUAGACGGAUCCAUAGGUUCUACCAGAAUCUCCAGUCAGCCCUGACUACGGAGAAACUACCAAAACUACAAAUCCCAAAUCCUCCCAUCUCACAGGAACCACAAGACACACGACUGGAGACAGAAAGGGGGGAGGAGGAGGAGGAGGAGGAAGAAGAAGAACAGGAGGAGAAGAAGAAAACAAGUGUGUAUAAACGGAGGCGGAAGAGAGAACAACACCAUCAGGCUGACUGUUGCCAUGGUGACAGGUCCAGCCUCGUGCUAGAGCUGGAGGACUGUCUGGAUCUGUUCACAUGAAGCAGUGGCUGAGCGAACAUGCUGACACAUUCCUGGUAUGACUGACUGGAUUACAGUGCAGAUUAGAGUAACCCACAAUGCACCGCUAACCUGCUCUGGAGCAGGUUUAAGUCAGUAGAUCAGAGUAAUGGAUCUCUCAUUUCUACACAGUCACAACAUGGACAGAAGGACUGAAACAUACUGAUACUCAUAAGACUAAUGGGUAUGCUGUUGUUUGUCUAUCUCUGUUAGAAUGACAGGGUGCAUACAUUCGACUGUACCAGCACAAAGGCUUAUUAUAGACCAAAUGACUGUAUCAUGUUUGAACUCAGAGAACUAUGAGAGAAACGCUGUGUGAGAAAAACAGUCAAUUUGGAACCGAGAAGAGCUUAAAAAGGUAUUUUUAAUUUAAAACCCGCAGUAGAGAGAUGCACAAUUCUAAACAUGAUUAUGUUCCCUCGUGUGAGAAAUGUAAUCUUAGUGGAGAUCACUCCAACAUUAAUGCAUCCUCAGGUUUAACCUGUUGGGAUUUAGUCAGCUACAGUCUGGGUGCUUGAUGAGAGGUCAUGACAGAACAAAGGAAUACAAGACUAGAAUUAGAUUAACCAGACUUUAGCCAUAAAGUCUACUUUUCUGAUGAUCAGUUCUUGUUAGCACUGUUAUAGUUCAUUAAAGUCUAUUUUUUUUGCACUGAGGUCAUACUUAGUCAUGGCACUGUACUAGACUUCCUUGUAUACAGAGGUGUUUCUAAUAUUCUGUCCAUGUCGUGUAUUGAAACUCCUCACUGUGAUGUAAUCCAACACCACCUUCAACUAUUACCUCUGUACUAAACAUGUCAUUGAAUGAACACAUCUCGGGCAAUGUCAACCAGAACUGAUGAGCUCUGUAAAGAUGGAUAUUACAGCAGGGCUGUCGAAUUGGACUGCAUUUAACUCACAGGUGUACCAAAUAAAGUGGCCACUGAUUGUUUUUCAGUUCAGUUGAAAGAGAUUGAAGUCAGUGAUUAUGUUGCAACUGAUUCACAUGUAAUUCAUGUAAUAUCAACAUUAAUCAUCCUUGUUUCAUGAAUGCAGAAAAAGAUCAAUCUGAUGUUGUCAACAACACAUAGGGAUGGGGACACCUGAUGGAGUUCUUUUUUACCUGUUACCUGGGUUACAGUCACUUUAUACUGGGACUAGUAUAGUCCCAACACCACUGAGCUUUUUCUUUUGUAAAUGUCCCUGCUGCGGGACUAAUAAAGGAUUAUCUUAUCUUAUCUUAUGUAGAUAGAAAAACAGCCUCUGAACACAGUUCUGUGUUGAAGCUCACACUCAUAGUUUCUUUUUAGACAUACAUCCCAGCUGUGCGAUCAAAGACAAUACUUACCGUAGUCCUGUCAGAUGUGUAUCUACGCCUUGAUUGAGAGCUAAUGAUGUCUUAAGAUGCUGCUGAGUUGAGGCUGUUUAUUGACACUGUUUCAGUUCUACCACUGGAGGGCAGCAUUGUUUGUAUUAGAUCUCUUAGAACGACAAUGUUUCUCAGUGUAUUUCUUUUGAAUUAAGUGACAUUCACUG